GGGCGGGCGGAGGGCAGGGGGGCUCGGGCCCGCCGCGGUGAUGCGCGGAGCGGCCGCCGGUGUGUCGGCGGCCCGCGGUGACCGUGUAGCCCCUGCGGGAGGGAGGAGGAGGAGGAGGAGGAGGAGGAAGGAAGGAGGAGCGCCGCGCGAGAUGGAGCAGCGGCGGGGCCCCGAGGCGGGCCGGGCGCACGGCAGGUAGCCGAGCGGGAGGCACGGAGCAGCGCGGUGCGCAGAGACGGGUCCUUGGCGCAGCGCUCCUCAGCUUGGAAUAGACCUCGCCAGAUGCUGUGGACCCGAGUGUUAAAAACCACUCCUUGCACGUGUCGAAUUUUACAGUUUUUCCUAUCGAUGUAUUGCCCGCAUAGUCUGUAAACGGACAGCCCGAACAGUUAAGAAACCUCAUUGCCACUCAGCAUUUCCAGAGGCCUCAGGGAAGAUCAUCUGUGUUAACUGUGGGACGCAUCACUGAGUGCCAUGCAGUGUGAAGCCCCGGUGCUGCCAGCAGUUCCCUCCACGCUCUGGAAUGACGUGAGCUUUGCUGUGGAGUCGGUGCCCCAAACGUGAGCUUAUUGCUGCAGUGCAUCUCUGAAGGUGAUGUCAUUGGGAACGGAGGAACCUUUGGGAAGGCGGCACAGGUGUGGGACUCAGCAUGGGGGUGCGCGGCGCUCCAUGCUGUGGGCUCUGGAUGGUGAUAUAACCACACAUUAACAGGUCUGAAUCCCUAUCGAUUUCCUUUCGGAACACGUUUGCUUUCUUUAAAAAGCCUUCACGCUCAUAAAAAGCAUUGUUUUCUCUCAGUCUGCAUCCGUCACCCUUUGGCACUGCUGUCUGGACGCGUUCCAGCUGGCCGUCCCUGUCUGCCCGCGCUGUUCCUCAGCUCCCCGUGUUUCCUGGGGAGCGGUGGGUGCCCGAAAUGGCAUUUCCCAUAGAAGGAGAAAAGCUCCAUCUCUGUCAGCUCUGCUCUGACCCAGGAGCUGGAAUGUUCCAAUUGCAUUCAUUGGGUUGUGUUCAACCCCUCGUGUUCAGUUAUUCCUCACAGGACCGACCCCUUCCCUUCUUUGCCUUUAACACGUUUCCAUGGAUAUUUUUUUUUCUCGCUUUUAAUGCACGGAGGAAUAAAUACCGUGCUCAGUUUCCCCACAUGGAGGGGAAAAUGCCCGCAUUUCUGGCUUCAGCGAGCCCUGAUAAGGAGUUUGGAGACUUCCACCUUCUGCACACGGGUCUGUUCCCGCUGGGCGGGAAGCCGUUGGUUGGACUGGAUAUCUUAGCGGUCGUUUCCAACCCUAACGAUGCGGGCACACGGCGGCACGGCGCCGGCACUCCUGAUGCGGAACAGCCGCAGGGCCGCCUCGCACCGGAGGGGCACCGGGCACCGACACCCGGAUCCGCGCCCGGCAGCGCCGCCGGCAUCCCGCAACGCCGACCCCGAAGCGGCGCUGACGUCGCGCGGACGCCGCCCUCCGCGCUGCACGCCGCGAUCCGGGGCGCCGCGGCCGGGAUGGAUCCCGCCCCUGCAGCAGCCCGCCGCCAUUUGCUCGCAGCGCGGUCUCCCCGCCCGCCCCGGGGCCGGAGCAGCCGAGGCUCUGCCUCCUGCCCGCCCCACUCCCGGCCCCGGCCUGCCCGGAGCGCCCCGCACGGCGCCCAUCCCGGCGCCCAUCCCGCUCCGGCCCCGCAGCGCCGCCCGCAUUUCCUGGGCGAGCCAUGGCCGCGCGGGGCGGCUGUGCGGCGGCCGGCGGAGCGGGGCUGCCCCGCGGGAGCGCCGCGCUCUGCUCCGCGGCUCAGCCCGCCAUGGAGGGCACCAGGCAGAGCAGGAUUUGCCGCCCGCACAAAAUCAGCGAAUCCUCGAAGGUUGGUUGGCGCUGUGUGCUGCGUGCAGUGUACAGAUGGGAUGACCACUCUAGUCUGGUUCUUCAGAGUCUGAAUGAACAGAGGCACCGAGGCCUCUUCUGUGAUAUUGUCCUUGUUGUGGAUGAGCAGAGGGUCCCUGCCCAUCGGAACCUCCUGGCUGUUUGCAGUGACUACUUCAACUCUAUGUUCACCAUUGGUAUGCGAGAAGCCCAUCAGAAAGAAGUUGAACUUUUUGGAGCCUCUUACAUUGGUCUCAAGGCCGUGGUGGACUUUCUUUAUGGAAGUGAGCUGUCCUUGGAUGGAGGCAAUAUUGAUUACGUGCUCGAAACAGCUCACCUGCUGCAGAUCUGGAAGGUUGUGGACUUCUGUUGUGAGUAUCUUGAGAAUGAAGUCAGCGAGGAGAACUAUUUGUACCUGCAAGAGCUAGCCUCUAUCUACAACCUGAAGCGCCUUGACUCCUACAUUGAUUCUUUCAUCCUGCAGAACUUUGGCACGCUGUCUUUCACUCCAGACUUCCUGCAGAACAUUUCCUUGCAGAAGUUGUGCCAGUAUCUGGACAGCAGCAAUGUGCAGCAGGAGUGUGAGCAUGAUUUGCUGCAGGCUGCCUUGCAGUGGCUCACCCAGUACCCAGAAAGGGAGAAUGAGGCUUACCAGGUUUUGGAUAACAUUCACUUUCCCUUGAUACCUAAAAGUGAUCUCCUCCAUCGAGUCAAGCCUGCUGUGUGCUCUCUUCUUCCCAAAGAAGCAAACUGUGAGGGCUUCAUAGAAGAAGCAGUGAACUACCAUAACAACGUCACUGCUCAGCCAGUGCUGCAAAACAAGCGGACAGCUCUGCGAACCUGUGAGGAAAGGCUCCUCUUUGUUGGGGGGGAGGUUUCCGAACGGUGCCUAGAACUGAGUGAUGAUACUUGUUUCUUGGAUGUCAGAAAGGGGCAGUGGGUAGCAGAGACCCCUCUCCCAGCCAGACGAAGUCACCACUGUGUUGCAGUCUUGGGGGGCUUUAUCUUCAUAGCUGGAGGCAGCUUUUCAAGAGACAACGGAGGGGAUGCAGCUUCAAAUCUUCUAUAUAGGUAUGAUCCCCGCUGUAACCAGUGGAUAAAGGUUGCCUCCAUGAGACAACGUCGUGUGGAUUUCUACCUGGGAGCUAUAACUGACAUGUUGGUAGCUGUUGGUGGCAGGAAUGAAAAUGGGGCUCUUUCUUCAGUGGAGACCUAUAGUCCUCAAAAGGAUUCAUGGUCCUAUAUAGCAGGCUUGCCGAGGUUUACUUACGGCCAUGCUGGAACAGUCUACAAGGAAUUUGUGUACAUUUCAGGUGGCCAUGAUUACCAGAUUGGCCCGUACAGAAAAAACCUGUUAUGUUAUGAUUACCGCACAGAUGUUUGGGAGGAGAAGAGACCGAUGAUCACUGCCCGGGGGUGGCACAGCAUGUGUACCUUACAGGACAAUAUCUAUUCAAUUGGUGGCAGCGAUGACAACAUAGAAACCAUGGCUCGUUUCGACAUUCUGAGCGUGGAGUCGUACAGCCCUCAAUGUAACCAGUGGACCAGAGUUGCUCCUCUGCUGCAAGCUAACAGUGAGUCAGGGGUGGCUGUCUGGGAAGGCAAAAUUUAUAUACUUGGAGGCUACAGCUGGGAAGAAACGGUCUUCUCCAAAACAGUCCAAGUUUAUGAUAAGGAGAAAAAUAAGUGGUACAAAGGAACUGAUUUACCCAAAGCGAUUGCUGGUGUGUCUGCAUGCGUCUGUGCAUUGAAACCCAAAACAGAGGACAAAAAGAAAAAGACAAAAACAAAAAAACAUCAAGAUCGAGGAAGAUGACCACCCUUUAAUGGUGGACUCCCAAAGACCCUUGUAUUUAUCAUUUCUUUCUAACCUUGAUUCUUUAUUUUUCUUUUUAAAUAGGGGGAAAAAGGUAUCUUCUGAAGCCUCACAAACGUACAGUUGAAUGUGUUUUUUGGAUUAAGCUCACAUUUAAGGUAAAAAAAAAAAAAAAAAAAAAAACAAGAAAAAAAUCCAAAAAUUCUCCUACUCUAUAAGGGGUGAUGUGGCAAGAGAGGUUAUGCUGAUCUUCUGAAUGUUGAGGAUUAAUCUUUGUCACCUGUGGUUCUUGGCAUUUCCACACAUAUCCUAUUAUGCCGACAUUUUUAAAACGAGGUUGAAUCUUUGGCUGGGAUUAUAGUGACAAAGGUGAGAGGCAGAGUAGAAAGUGAUGAGUUUGAAGUUACAGAGCAAUUUAAAGGAGCUCAGAAGCUACUGCUAAGAAGAAAAUGAAAUGGGUCUUCAGUGUUGUAAAACUUGGGGGCUUUUUUUGUUUGUUUUUGUUUUUUGUAACAUUAGAUUUCAUUUACAGUACAUUUUUGAGUUAUAAGUAUCAGAUUUCUGGAACAUUUGAGCAUUCAAAGAAAGUAUCUCUUUAGGUGAAUGCAGGUCAGAUCAGAUUGAAGAGCAAGUAACUCCACUGUACUCUUUAGAUUAAGAAGGCCUUAUUGUGUGGCCAAAGAAUAGAUGGGGGCUGACUUGGGCUUGGAUUGAUAGCAUUGUGAACUCUGAAAUCUGGGGAAGGUGAUAGGAAUUCUGCACCCCUUGUUGCAACGUUUUCCCUAUCUAGAUAUGAGAGCAAGCUUUUCUUAGGCUUUAAAAUAUGCCCUGCAACAAGGAAAAAGAGCUAUUAAAGCGGUAGAAAAAAUAUUUGAGGAUUUGGAUGGAAACUGUAGAGUUUUCAUUGAGCUUUAAAGCAGUUGGAACUGGAAGAGUUCACCAUGAGUUUGGGGAUUCUUGGAUAGGGUUCCAAGGAGUGGGGAAAUGACAGAAGGAUUCUGUAGACGAGCGUGAAGCAAGAGCGUGUCCUUCCCCAGCCCUGCCAGGCUGUAUGAGCUGGGAUUUGCUUCGUUUGACAUGGAGCUUGCAGUGGUCACGGCCAAUAGCUGGUGUGAGCAGGGACCCAUACUGGAUUUGUCUUCUGUCAAACAGCAGACUAACCGGGAUGAUGAACUGGGGUUUGUUAAUCCUGAGGAAGAGAAACUUGAUUUUUUUACCUUAGCUAACAGCUCAUGCUUUCCUUGUCUUUCAAAUUCAAACUGGCUUUUCCUGAGAAUUGCCUUUUCUGAUAGGUUUUGUUAGAAUUCCAAGCCACGUUUCAUCAGGCUUACAGAAGAACACCUUCCCCAGCAAGGCAGGUCCCAUAGAAAGAAACCUAAAAUAUGCUCAGGACUGCAUUCGGGAUCCAGACAGUAAGACUGAACUGAAAAUUGUCUGUUUGGUCCUCUGUCUCACGCUGUUCUCUGCAUACCAAGUAAAGAGAUUUCUGACCCAAGUGUUAGUUCACCCUCUACAAACACAGCUGAUUGUGCUGCAGAUAAUAAAAUUCCCCGACUGUCUGGCCAGCUUUCAGGCAUUUACCCCGGGGCAUUUUACAAAUGCACCUCUGAUUUGCAAGGAGUUGAUCACCAGCAAUCUGAUACAACCGCUUUAGUUAUUGUUAUAAUGCCAGGCCACAGAUUAAUAUUUCUCCUUCCCAAAAGAGUAAGUUUUUAGAAACUUUUUAAAAACUUUUAUACUUUUUAUAACGCAUUUUGCUAACUCAGUCUUGUUUGCCAUUUAAUAUAUUAGUCUAGGAGCUACUGCUCUGUAAUUGUGGCCCCGUCGCUGCCAUCGAGAACUCAUAACUGGAUGGAUCUUUUAGUCUUUGUGUAGUUGGUUGGGAUGCGAUGCAGCUGUCAGAGCAGCAUUUACAUUCUCAGCAUUGUUAGACAGUCAGCUAUAAUUGUAACCAUUGUACGGCCUCUUCACUGAUAGUCCAGCUCACCAGAUAUACUAAUAAACACAUUUUAUUUUCAGCCAUUGGGGAUCUGCUGAGUGGUUUGGUUUAAAAUUCUGCUGGGGAAGUAUUGAUUAGUGUUGGUUUUUUUGUUUGUUUGUUGUUUGUUUUUUCCUCCUCAGUCCUCCUUUCACAUAAUUCCUGUGCACCAUAACUGUGUAUUUCAGAUUUGCCUUUUUCUUUCCAUCCGGUGUACACAGAGCUGAUAUCCUGCUACUAUCCUGCCACACUCCCUGGUUUUUGUUCGUGGGAUUUUUGUUGGUUGUUUUUGGUUAGUUGGUUGGGCUUUGGGUUUUUUUUUAGCAACUGUUUACCUCAUUAAUUGGAAAACACUAAGAAAACAUUUUUGCACUUAAUGUCAUUUGAAGCUCUUGUAAUUUAGAGAGCUCUUAGUUAUAUUACAAGAACUUCUUUGUAUUGAAAGAUGUACUUCUGAAUGAACUUCUGGAGUGCAAGGAGGUGACAGGUGUCUUCUUAGGUGCUCAAAAAUGACUGAGGAAAAGUAGCUUAAAUGACUUUUUGGAAACUCCUUGAGGUUUUGCUUUUCUUAUUUGUUUAAAAGAGAAAAAAAGAAAAAAAAAGUAGUUAAUCUCAUUUGCAUUAAUGGAUUUGUUUUAAAGCCUUUGUACACUGCUGCAUGAAGUAAUCUUUUUUUUAAUUCUAAAACUAAUUAAAAUUUGGUUAUGACAAACAUUAAUGAGUUGUGAGGAUUUUUUUUAUAUAUAUAUCUAAAAUCCUAGCUAUGUUGACUGAGAGCUGCUUAACUUUAUGGGACAUUUUCAUGUGCAAGUACAGAAGAAAUGUCAAGGACUUGCUUUUGUUUUUGUUAAUGGGCUGCUUGUUCCUAUAUUUCCUCUGCCCUCCCACCCAUUUAAUUGUGUUUGUGUAAUACAUUAAUGUCUGGAAAAAAAUAAAUCCAGCUUAGAAUAUUGUAUUCA